CUCGCCGCCUCCAUCAUGGACGCUCUCUGGACCGACGAUAGCCGCCCGUCGCACAAGCGCAAGCGCGACGCGAGCGACGACGCCAACCCGGUCUGGAAGUACGUCGCUUCGACGCUCCAGAAGCGAGUGCGUGUCCCGAGCUUUGUGCCGUUUGCGUCGACGCUCAAUGCGUUCUGGGUCGGCGAUGCUGCGGAGGCGGCGGCUGCGGAUGUCGUGGUGCCGCGCCCACUCGGCGUCCGCGUCGAGCCGACGCACGCCCGUGGCGCGACGGUGCAAAUCGGCUUUGGCGGCUGUGGCGGCUUUUACAAUUACCACUUGGGCAUAGCGUCCGUGCUGCAGGAGCACUUUGACUUGAGAAACUGUGUCUUCUCGGGGGCGUCGGCGGGCUGCUUUCCCGCGCUCGUUCUCUCGCUCGGCCUCGACGUCAAGUCGUUCUUUUACGGCCCCAACCUCACGCUGGUGCAAGAUGCGAACGAGAAGACGUUCUACGGCCUCCGCGACUGGAUUCCGCUCACGAAGGAGCACGUGCUCAAGACGCUCGCACCCGACGCGUACUCGCGCGUCGACAACAAGUUUUUCGUGUCGAUCACGCACGUCCCGAGCCUUAAGAACGAGCUCGUGACGAGCUUCACGUCAAACGAAGACAUGGUCGAGUGCAUCCUCGCGUCGGGGCACGUGCCUAUCUACACCAACGAAGUUCUCAAGCCGUACCGCGGGCAAAAGUACGUCGACGGCUGCGUCUCCAACAACUGGCCCGUGCCGCACGGCGACGACCACCCGUCGCACGUCUUUCAGAUCUACCACUGGCGCACGAUCUGGCCGCAUUGGUGCCUCAUUUCGACCAACACGGAGUGGGCCCAGACGCAGUUCCAGUGGGGGCGCGACGAUGCGCUCGCCCAUAUCCACGAGCUUGAAGCGCUGCUUCACUACAAGAGCGAAGCACACGAGUAG